UUGUUUUCUGAAGUUUUUGUUUACUUCAAAGUCGCCCUUCUCUCAAUCCAAUAAGGCGGCAAUAGAGGAAAGAAAAUCCUUCUCCUCAUCUCUUUUCUCUUCAAAAUUACUUUAUAAUUUCAAUGGCGGCCUUUCACUUUACCAUCUCCCCUUCCUUUGUUCCCACUCUCCUUCACUUUUAUCUGUUUUUGCUCCCUCAUCCCUCAAUUACCCUUUCUUUCUAAGUCCCUUCCCCCUCCUCGAAUUUGGGUCAUUUUUUCUUUCCAGUUUGAUAGCCUAAACCUAGAGAGCAGGAGGAUUUUUUUUUUUUGUUUUUAAUUCUAAAAUAAAAGUUUAUCUGUUGCAAUGGAAGAUCCAAGGCAGUUGAGAAGGGCAUUGCUUGAUGCCACAGCAGGCGCUAUUUCCGGUGGCAUUUCCCGGACGGUUACUUCUCCUCUUGAUGUUAUUAAGAUCAGAUUUCAGGUUCAGUUAGAGCCCACAACUUCAUUGGCUUUGCUUCGCAGAGAUCUUUCAGGAUCAGCAAAGUAUACUGGAAUGUCUCAAGCAACAAAGGAGAUACUGAGGGAAGAAGGUUUACCGGGUUUUUGGCGUGGUAAUGUCCCGGCUUUACUUAUGGUUAUGCCAUAUACGGCUAUACAAUUUGCUGUGUUACACAAAUUGAAAACAAUUGUUUCCGGUUCUUCCAAGACAGUGGAACACCUUAAUUUAAGUCCCUACCUAUCUUAUAUCAGCGGGGGUUUAGCAGGUUGUGCAGCUACUGUUGGAUCUUAUCCUUUUGAUCUCCUUCGUACUAUAUUAGCUUCGCAAGGUGAACCUAAGGUAUAUCCCAACAUGAGAUCAGCACUCUUUGAUAUAAUUAGUACUCGUGGCUUUAGAGGAUUGUAUGCUGGGUUGUCGCCAACAUUGGUUGAGAUCAUUCCCUAUGCUGGCUUGCAGUUCGGCACAUACGAUACAUUUAAGCGUUGGAAUAUGGCGUGGAAUCAGUCGCUCGAUACAAGCUCAACCACAGAUCAUAGCCUUUCAAGUUUUCAACUUUUCAUUUGCGGGCUAGCAGCUGGUACUUGUGCAAAACUCGUCUGUCAUCCUCUCGAUGUAGUCAAGAAAAGGUUCCAGGUUGAAGGACUACAAAGACAUCCGAAAUACGGUGCUCGAGUAGACCAACAUGCUUAUAAGAAUAUGUGUGAUGCCAUACGACGAAUCUUGCAGUCAGAGGGUUGGCAUGGUCUCUAUAAGGGAAUUAUUCCGUCAACAAUCAAAGCCGCACCAGCAGGUGCCGUAACAUUUGUGGCGUACGAGUUUACAUCAGACUGGUUAGAGUCCAUUUCAAGUUGAAAUCUACGUAACUGGCCUUUUUCAUUUUUGUUUUCUUGAUCAUCUAUUAGAUAAUUCAUUAAUUUUCCUGGAUUUUUCAAAAGCUCUCGUAGGAUAGAAAG